GACAGUUUUGGGUGACAUGGCUGAGCACCAAGCACGAGGAAUAAGCAGUAUCGUUGACAUGACUCCACUGUGUUUGCGUGUGUCUGUUGGUGACCACUAGCUGCUGAUCCACAGAGACAACGGGCUGAGGUGCAUUCAGAGUUAAACAAUGGAUUGACUGGACUAACUGACCAAACAUGGACAUCCUUUCUCUGCUAGCGUUCCUGCUGUCGUGCAUGAUUCAAGAAGUUGGAGCUGAGAUGAAGCUGUCACCUGAAGAACUAACCGUCCUGCGAGGUGAAGAGGCCCAGUUCACCUGCAGCACCACCAACAUCCAGUGGGCCGUUAUGACGUGGCAGCUGAACCAGAUACCGGUUCUUACCAUCCACAACGACACUGGGGUCCUGCCUGUUGCCAACCCUGAUGUGUCUGCUAAGGAAAGCCCUGACUCACCGGGAGACUGGGUGUUCAGCCUGAAAAACAUAGAGAGGCAACACCGGGGAGAAGUGACCUGUAACCUCCAGGACAUUGAUAGGAGAACAGCAAGCCUGUCUGUACAAGAAAAGGGCAACGUUAAAGUCUUUGGGGACAACAAGCUGGUUUUGAAGGGGGAGUCGGCCCUGUUUGAAUGCCAGGCAGCAGGAUGGUACCCUGAGCCCAGUUUACAAUGGCAAGUGGGUGACAAACUGGUGAGCCAGAGUGAAUACAACAUCAGCAUUGAAGAGUCAGGGAAAGACCUCUUCACUGUGACCAGCUUCCACAGUGUAACGGCAGCAAAGAGCUCUCAUGUGGUUUGUCUGGCCUCCGUGUCUGCCCUCACCAGACCACUGAACAGCAGCGUCCGUCUGACAGUGGUUGCAGAGGUGGUGCAGGAUGGAGAUGACUGCACUGUCCUGCUGGCUGUAACUGCCCUCCUCGCUGCUCUUUUGCUGCUCCUCCUGCUCUGCAUCGCCGCCGUCCUCUGCUACAGACAAAGACGACAAGCAAAAUCGAGCACAAAGGAGGCAAUAUGGUUCAGCCAAUCAGGGAGUGGGGGAGGCUCGGUUGCUGAGGCAACAGGGGGGCAGUUCAACCCAGGGUACACUAGUGAGGGCCCAACAGAUGCAGUUUACAAUGAGCUGUUCAUAGAAGCUGGUCGCACGAUGGACUUUGCCACUUUUACCAAAGUAUUGAAGGGGGAGGAUGGUUACUCUGAGGCUUUUAAGGUUCCUGAUGUCGUGUCCUCCAGCAGCUGGUCUGAGAGCCAAACCCAGGCGUCUCUAUCAGAGGAAAGCUCCAACAAUGUCAGGAGGAUCACCACAGUUUGAAUAUGUUUAUUACAAUGUCAUUUGAUGUCACAAAAAAGGAUGGUUUACUCUUACAUUACAGGUGGGCCACUCACCAGCAGUUAUGUGGUGUAAUGUUUCACAUUUUUGUAGCUAGGAGCUAAUGUUGUUUAAUUAUUCUGAAAGAUAAUGUCAUACCUUUAUCUUUACUUUUAAUGUGUCCUUAAAAGAUGUCAGCUGUCUUUUUAUUUUUUACCAUGACACAGAUUGUUGUUUUUUUUUUAUAAAUAAAAUCAUUUUCAACAGA